UAGAAGGCGACGGGGCCCCUCAGAAGCCAAGCGGGCCUUCCGUGGAAGGUCUUUGCUUCUGUUGUCUUCGUGGACGGCUCCGGGAACUCCUUGGCAGGCCCGAGGCCUUCUGAGCCUUGCUGCGCCUGUUGAGACGUAAGGCCCGCCCCUGUCUCCUUUCGCACCAUGGGCUCGCCGCCGACGAUCGUCGGAGCCCCGUCGUCGGGCCGUGGGCGCCUGGCGCCAUGGCUGCCGCCGGGCGCCCUGCUCUUCGGCGGGCCGCCGCGGGAGCCGCCGCGCGGGAUCCGCCAGCGCUCCUCCGCUGUGCGCUCGCGGGCGCGCAUGCGGCGCGGCCGCCGCACACGCCGGGGCGGCGGCUCAUCGCCGCCCACGUCUACUUUCCGGACACGGCCCACGAGUUCGGCAUCGUGCGCAGGUUCCCCCGGGGCGAGGGCGCGGCCGUGAGCACGGGCGACGUGGUGGCGGAGGUGGAGGUCGGCCCGUUGCAGGUCGUGGACGUCUGCACCCCGCGGAGCGGCACGGUCGCGAAGCUGCUCCGGAAGGAGGGCGACCGAGUGCGCGCACAGGAGCCGCUGGUGGAGCUCCAGGUGACAAUGUCUGAGACUGUGAUGGGUUGGUGGCGCGCCCUGCAGGGGGGCAGCGGCCGCAGCUGAGGCGUCGCGCCAGAAGCGGCUCGGCAUCCUGUCGAGGCGUCCGUUCGUCUGCAAAAGCUCCAGGGGAAUUGAAGAAACCCCGUCUUUCUCCUGCUCGCAUCCCC